GCGUGGGGCCGCGCGCUGGGGUGGUGGUACCUGAGGCCGGAUCCCAGGGGCCGGGUGGUGUCGCCGCUGCUCCGGGAAGGGCAGGGAGUGAAACUAUGUAGCCUUUUAAGAGUCUCGCUUUGCCCCAUCUGAAGUCCAUAUGGCUCUUUAUGAUGAAGAUCUCCUGAAAAAUCCUUUCUACCUGGCCCUUCAAAAGUGGCGUCCUGACUUGUGCAACAAGGUGGCCCAACUUCAUGGCAUUGUCUUAGUUCCCUGCAAAGGAAGCCUGACAAGCAAUGUUCAGUCUACUUGUCAGUUUGAGUCCUAUAUUUUGAAACCAGUGGAAGAACACUUUCAGACCUUAAAUGGAAAGGAUGUCUUUAUACAAGGAAACAGGAUUAAAUUAGGAGCUGGUUUCGCCUGUCUUCUCUCAGUGCCCAUUCUCUUUGAAGAAACUUUCUACAAUGAAAAAGAAGAAAGUUUCAGCCUACUGUGUAUAGCCCAUCCUUUGGAGAAGAGAGAGAGUUCAGAAGAGCCUCCAACACCCUCAGAUACCUUUUCCUUGAAAACCAUCGAAGAUGUGAGAGAGUUUUUGGGAAGACACUCGGAGAGAUUUGACAAGAACAUCGCCUCUUUCCAGCGAACAUUCAGGGAAUGUGAAAGAAAGAGCCUCCGUCACCACAUAGACGCGGUGAAUGCGCUCUACACCAAAUGCCUCCAGCACCUUCUGAAGGACUCUCACCUGAAGAUGCUUGCCAGGCAUGAGGCCCAGAUGAACCUGAUGAAGCAGGCGGUAGAGAUGUACGUCCAGCACGAUAUUUAUGAUCUGAUCUUUAAAUAUGUGGGGACCAUGGAGGCAAGUGAGGAUGCUGCCUUUAACAAAAUCACAAGAAGCCUUCAAGAUCUUCAGCAGAAAGAUAUUGGUGUGAAACCUGAUUUCAGCUUCAACAUACCUCGUGCAAAGAGAGAACUGGCUCAGCUGAACAAAUGUACCUCCCCACAGCAGAAGUUGGUUUGUUUGCGAAAGGUGGUGCAGCUCAUUACACAGUCUCCUAGCCAGAGAGUUAACUUGGAGACUAUGUGUGCUGAUGAUCUGCUAUCGGUCCUGUUAUAUUUGCUUGUGAAAACAGAGAUACCUAAUUGGAUGGCAAAUUUGAGUUAUAUCAAAAACUUCAGAUUUAGCAACUCGACAAAAGAUGAAUUGGGAUACUGCCUGACCUCAGUUGAAGCUGCAAUUGAAUAUAUUCGGCAAGGAAGCCUCUCUGUCAAACCGCUGGAGUCUGAGGGAUUUGGUGACAGACUGUUCCUUAAGCAGAGAAUGAGCUUACUGUCUCAGAUGACUUCAACUCCCAUUGACUGCCUGUUUAAGCACAUUGCUUCAGGUAACCAGAAAGAAGUGGAAAGACUUCUGAGCCAAGAAGACCAAGAUAAAGAUGCCAUCCAAAAGAUGUGCCACCCCCUGUGCUUCUGUGACGACUGUGAGAAACUUGUCUCUGGGAGGCUGAAUGAUCCUUCAGUUGUCACUCCAUUCUCCAGAGAUGACAGGGGUCAUACACCACUCCAUGUGGCUGCCCUCUGUGGGCAGGCAUCCCUCAUUGACCUCCUGGUUUCCAAAGGCGCUGUGGUGAACGCCACGGACUAUCACGGGUCAACUCCACUUCAUCUUGCGUGUCAGAAGGGCUAUCAGAGCGUGACGCUGCUGCUGUUGCACUACAAGGCCAGCGCUGAUGUGCAAGACAAUAACGGCAACACCGCUCUCCACCUGGCCUGUGCUCAUGGCCACGAAGACUGUGUGAAGGCUUUGGUCUACUACGAUGUGCAAUCAUGCAGACUAGAUAUUGGUAAUGAGAAAGGAGACACUCCCCUACACAUAGCUGCACGCUGGGGUUACCAGGGCAUCAUAGAGACGUUGCUACAAAAUGGAGCAUCCACAGAGAUCCAGAACAGAAUGAAAGAAACGCCCCUCAAGUGUGCGUUAAACUCAAAGAUUCUGUCUAUAAUGGAAGCCCGUCACAUGUCCUUUGAAAGGAGACAACAGUCUUCAGCAGUCCCUGUGCCACCCCCUCAACACUUCAUGGAUUCCAUCAGCCAGGGGUCCUCCGCCUCCAGCUUCUCCUCUGUGUCCACCAGCUCCAGAAAAAGGGAGCCCAAGAAGGACUACAGAGAGGUAGAAAAACUUUUAAGAGCAGUUGCUGAUGGAGAUUUAGAAAUGGUGCGUUACCUUUUGGAGUGGACAGAGGAGGACCUGGAGGAUGUGGAGGAUGCUGUCAGUGCUGCAGAUCUUGAAUUUUGUCACCCCUUGUGCCAAUGCCCAAAAUGUGCUCCAGCUCAAAAGAAGCUGGCAAAGGUUCCUGCCAGUGGGCUUGGUGUGAAUGUGACCCACCAGGACGGCUCCUCCCCACUGCACGUUGCUGCCCUGCAUGGUCGGGCGGACCUCAUCCCCCUCCUUUUGAAGCAUGGUGCCAAUGUGGCUGCCAGAAACGCCAACCAAGCUGUCCCACUCCACCUGGCCUGCCAACAAGGCCACUUUCAGGUGGUGAAGUAUCUAUUAGAUUCCAAUGCAAAGCCCAAUAAAAAGGAUGUAAGUGGAAACACACCCCUCAUGUACGCCUGUUCCAGUGGCCACCAUGAAGUUGCAGCACUGUUGCUACAGCACGGGGCCUCCAUUAAUGCCUCUAACAAUAAGGGCAACACAGCCCUGCAUGAGGCUGUGAUAGAGAAGCAUGUCUUCGUCGUGGAGCUGCUGCUGCUACACGGAGCAUCGGUUCAGCUCUUGAACAAGAGGCAGUGCACAGCUAUAGACUAUGCUGAGCAGAAUUCAAAAAUAAUGGAAUUACUUCAGGUAGUACCAAGCUGUGUGGCCACGUUAGAUGAUGUUGGCGAAACAGACCACAAGGAGUACGUUACUGUUAAGAUCAGGAAAAAAUGGAACUCAAAAAUGUAUAAUCUACAAGAUGAACCUUUUACAAGACAGUUUUACUUUGUCCACUCAGUCGGUCAGUUUAAGGGAAGGACUUCAAGGGAGAUUAUGGCAAGAGAUAAAAGUGUCCCUAAUUUCCCUGAAGAGUCUUCACAUGAGCCAGGAAGGCAAAAAGUCACACAGAAGCAGAAGAACCUAUCAGACCAGAGCACAUCGCAGACUGCUGACAAAGGAGAUGGUGACCAGCCAAGGCCUGGACUAAAACAAACUGCUCCUGGGAACACACGAAUGCUCCGGAGACACACUGUCAAGGACACAGGCACCGAAGGCCCAGAGACUGCUGACAACCCAACCACUCCCCACGAGGCUAGCGUUUCCCAGUCUUGAUAGUAAUAAGGAAUUAAAUUUGCUAUUAAGAAGUGAGUCCUUAACAAGAAGAUGCCGAGCAUGAAUACAGACAACAUAGAACUAAAUGUACUUUCUGUUUGGCUUGAGAGAAAGCAGAAAGUUCCUGAAAGCUUUCCUAUGGCCCAAAGAAUACAACAAAGAAAAAAAUCACCAUCUCUUUCCUCUUCAGAGCUAAUGAAUACCCUUGAAAAGGAAUAUACAAAAAUUCUAGGGGUGUCAGUUCCUUAAGAUUGGGGUGUUUCUUCUUUUUAAAAAAUUUUUUUAUUGCUUUAGAGAGAGAUGAAGGAAGAAAAACAUCAAUUUGUUGUUCCACCUGUUUAUAUAUUCAUUGGUUGCUUCUUGUAUGUGCCCUGACCAGUGAUCGAAUUCACAACCUUGGCAUGUUGGGACAAUGCUCUAACCAACUGAGCUACCCAACUAGAGCUGUUUAUUCUUACGUAUUAGGGUGCCUUGGUUAUAGUGAGACGUUUCACCACCAGAUUCUGACCUCCUACUGAAAGGUGCUAAACCUCUGUCAACUAUAUAAAUUAACAAACCACAAGCUAAAAGAAUUCCUCCAUCUGCGAUGAGCUGAAGAGAAGCAAUUUAGGUUUUAUGGUACUACUAGAGGCCCACUGCACAAAAUUCAUGCACGGGUAGGGGGCCUGCCGGCUGCUGGCCGGGGCCUCCCUUCCCUGGCUGCCGGCUGUCAGCCAGGGCCUUCCUUCAUUCCACACUGCCCCUAGUGGUCAGCGCACAUCAUAGCGAGCGAUCAAACUCAUGGUCCGUGGAACUCCCCAGGGGACACUUUGCAUAUUAGGCUUAUAUAUAUAUAGAUGGAAGCCUGGCAGAAAUGUCACAUUUGAAUGAAGAAAAUAGGACCUGGAAAAUGUUCCUUUCAUAAGCAACACUUGAACCCAAAGAUGCCUAAAUGCCAUUUUGAUGUUCAUUUUCGUAAGAAGGACAUAUAUGACCUAUUCUACACUAUGUAUGUGGGAAAAGGUGGGUAUAAUUUUUCUUACAACAAAAUAGAGCUAUUUGGUCACCGCACAUGUGCACCAAAAUCCCUUUGUUAAAAACCUUUCCUUAAAUGUCACCCUUGAAGGAUGGUGGUAAUAGAAAAUAGAUUUGGCACAUCUUUCCUUAGUUUUUUUUUUUUUUUCCUUCUUUUUUAGAGAGAGGAAGAGAGAGAGAGAGAGAGAUCGAUUUGUUGUUCUACUUAUUUAUGUAUUCAUUGGUUGAGUCUUAUAUGUGCCCAGACUAGGGAUCGAACCUGCAACCUUUGCAUAUGGGGACAACUCUCUAACCAACUGAACUACUCCAGCCAAGGAUUUAUUCUCUUUUGAUCAGAUUCAAAACUUACAGCACAAACCAGGUCAAAGUAACUUUGAGUUAGAAGUUAUUAUUGCCAUUUAUUCCUUUUUAUGAGUUUCUACUAAUUAUACUCUUAUUUUUUUAUUAAUUGGUCUAGAUCCAAAACAUGGGUUUAUCCUGAGUACAUUUUCAAAUAACUUUGUAAUAGGGAAAGGUUUUGUGCAUGUUCUUAGAAAUACUUGUGUAUGUACAAAAGGGAGGGGCUGAUUAUUUUUCUACAAAGUAAUUUAUGACUUCUAAUUUUCUAAUGUGCCUUGGGUAUGUGCCAAAUGAUGGAAAAGAAACAGUAAACUUUAUGAUUCUUGAA